UGGCAGGAACUAAUGGGGAUCCAUAAUAAAUAAAAAUACAAAUAAAUCAUCAAACCAAUUUUAAGAUUCAUACAGAUUUGAUUGGUGCACAUAACACAUCUAUCACAACAUUAACAAGAUACAGGAGAAAAAUAGAUGUUCUUUAUUCAGAAUUCCCUUCAGUGUUUAACUGAGUGUUUUGCUUUGGGAGAAACUGAAUGUAAAUUUACCAUGGCAGCCAGUUGUAUGAAUGACUCCCCUUUAUAGCUGCUGUAGCAGUCAGUGACGCACUCUGGGUUCCAUGGCCAAUGAAGUUAUAGUGUUUCUGUCUAACAAGGUGAGAUAUUCUGCCUUUAAAUCCCAACCCAUUUACUAGAGAUGCAGCCCUGCCGGUGGUAUGUGAUGCAUAAAUGUAUAUACACACAUGCACACAAACACACAUCAAUUAGAGUUUACAGGAGACGUGGCACGGAAGUGCUCUACAGAGUGAAGAUGGUCUGAGCUGUGAAUCACACACAUCAUUUACUGAGGCCUCUGAGGUGACAAUGAGAGAGGGUGGGGGUGAGUGGGAGGGGGCAAAUAGAAAGAGGGAAAUAGAAUGAGAGGUAAAGGAAGAGUGAGAGGUGACAAAAGAACAGGCUAAUGCACAGGCACAUGACUAGGGUAUAGAUCAGGAAAUCCUAAUCCUAGUUCUUGGGAUUUAGGUUGAGAGGGAGAGAGGCAUGGAACAGGCUAUCUGUGUGUGUUUUGGUUUAGCUAUCCUUGUGGGGAUCAAGGAUAGUAAAACAAGGAAAAUUCAGACAAGUGGGGACAUUUUGCCUGUCCCCACAAGGAAAAAGGCUAUUUUAGGCUUGAGGAUUAGGGUUAGAAUUAUUUUUGUUUGGGGUUAAGGUUAGGAUUAGGUUUAUGGAAAAUAGGAUUUUGAAUGAUAAUUAAUUGUUUGGUCCAUAGAAGGAUUGUAAAACAAACAAGUCUGUGAAUGGGGAAGUGAAUUCAGGGGCCAUUUUGGGGUGUGAAUCAGCAGUGGCAGUCACCGACGGACACUCACACCAACACAUAUACACUAACACAUACACUCAGUGUACACUAACACAUAGACCAACACAUACACUUAGUGUACACUAACACAUACACUCACACCAACACAUAUACACUCAGUGUACACUAACACAUACACUCACACCAACACAUAUACACUCAGUGUACACUAACACAUACACUUAGUGUACACUAACACAUACACUCACACCAACACAUAUACACUCAGUGUACACUAACACAUACACUCACACCAACACAUAUACACUCAGUGUACACUAACACAUACACUCACACCAACACAUAUACACUCAGUGUACACUAACACAUACACCAACACAUACACUCAGUGUACACUAACACAUACACCAACACAUACACUUAGUGUACACUAACACAUACACUCACACCAACACAUAUACACUCAGUGUACACUAACACAUACACUCACACCAACACAUAUACACUCAGUGUACACUAACACAUACACUCACACCAACACAUAUACACUCAGUGUACACUAACACAUACACUCACACCUGCGCUGUGCAGAUUUAUUAGGGUGGCAUCAGGACAAGCUGGUUAAAUGUGUCACCCCUGACGCACGCUAUGCCAAAAGAGGGAAGGAGAGAGGUAGAUAGUGAAAAAGAAAGAUGGAAAUGAGAGGGAGAGAGGUUGGUUUAUUGGGCCUCCCUGUCAGCCUCACCGACAGUACUGGGCAAUAUUUACAACUCAGGGUAGAUGGAUUGAGAGAAGAUAGGAGAGAGGGAGGUAUAUAAGGCAGGGUAUGGAUCCAGAGCAAAGCACCUGAUUGAGACCUGCAGGGAUCCACAGAGAAAGAGAGAAAGAAGAAAACGUAGCAUAGAAACGGCAUCUUCUACAGUUGGUUCUGACACAGUGUUGCCACCAGCUUCAAACACAACAACAGACAAAUAUAGCUGCAGACUCUGUUGCAGUACAGACGGCUAGGAAACAGCUACCGGCAGACAGACAGGAGUGCAGCACCUGUAGGACAGUACAGACAGUAGACAGUACUACAGACAGCUGAGGCAGUACAGAAGGUCCAGUACAGACAUGCAGUGUAAGCGUUUUGUUUCGUGUGUUCUGCUGCUUACCACCGCCGCCGGACCCCUCCUCACACACCCAGUCUCACACUCUAACGGGAUGUCCUACACCGGAACAGAGGAGGACCAGGUGGUGAGUCCAGAGGAACUGUCCCGUUCUGACCACACCUACAGAUUCUACAGUGCACCUGGCCUUGGCAAUCUAAGAUCAGCAGUGUUCAGCCCAGACAAGGCCGUGAGAGAGGUGCUGUUGGAAACACCAGCUCUGAGCCCUCAACCUCAUUUCCUGGGCAGCAGAAGAGAGUACAGAAAGAGAACCACCACAGAGUGCUUCUGGAAGUAUUGUGUCUAGGAGUGACACACACGAUACAUAGUAUGUAUUUAUUCUGUUGUGUUCAGUCACAGCUCAGGUGUACAUAGUGAAAUAGUGAAUAUGAGUAAUAAACAUGACUGUGUAGUGUUGUAUGUACAAUAAUGAAUAAAACAGUAUGUUUG